AUGUCCGUCCUUCGGCAGGGAGGGUCCUACCUCCAACGUCGUCUCACAAAGAUGUAUACCGACACCAAAACAUCCUGCGAAAGCGUCACAACCGCCUCGUCAAAGGGCAGCGACGACCCAGAGCUAGUAGCCCUACACCGAAAUUACCGCACACAAAAAGAUAGAUUAUUAGCCUGGGGUCUGGACUGGAGCGAUUCCAACGCCGCGCAACCAAACGAUAUCGACGAGUCAUUGACGGAAGCGGGUUUCAGCGAUGUCGUUGCGAGUGUCAUGUCCUCGAUACAGGAGAUUCUGAAUGAGGCGGAGAGGUUACAGCAUGGGGAAGCAUCGGCGUUACCGCCCAAGAAUGAUAGUGGAGAAUUACCGCCAAAGGAGGAUCUAAUAGUUAAAUCGCACUGGACGGAGGCGGAUAUCAAGCGGUCGCAUACGCUGUUGGAUGAUUUGACGUCAUGCAUUGAUACGUUAUAUGAGUUGUCGCAGUCACGUCGGAAUAUGACUAUGAGUAUGGCAUCGACAACAACAGAUCAGUCCUACAGGGUCAAGGCGCGUUCGCAGACUUCGGUUCCAAAGGCCCUUAAGCCAGGUGGAUUGGAUGCUCAUCGGUCAAUGUCGUUUGAUUCGAAGCCGACUUCGUUUUCACCUGACUUUGUUGAGAGUCCAGUUGAUAUAAAGGGAAAGGCGUCAUAUAGAAAACAGGAGAAAAUUGAUGUAUUGCCAUAUUCCAAUUUUCAUGCUCUCCCGAUGCAACGAAGGGAAGUUCCUGCGUUGGUGGAACGGAAAGUCAACGAUUCUUUCUCCUCGACGAAACAUCUUUUCAUCGACCGGUCAACGUUACAGCUAUCCGGCGCUUCUCAUGCCAAAAGUCCGCCGCCAUAUGAGCAGGUCGCUGCGUCGGCGAAUUCGCGAAUUAUUGGUCGUGUGCAGACAUCUGCCACUCCUUUCAUGACUAGAUUGACUAAAGAGUCGACAAUACCCAUACUCGUCGAGUUUACGCCUAUGAUGCUGGAGUCCCAGAGUUCCGUGACGAUUCCCGCUGCACAGCGCUUGGAGAAAAUCCAUCGUUCUCUGGACCAAUUAGUGGAAAACUCUCGAGUGUCACACCUAGGCUUGUUACGAUUUCUUGGUUACUAUAUCGACAUGUCCAAUGCUCGUUACGCAUUUGUAUAUCAAAUGUCUGUGGACUAUUUCCCAUUUCUGAGCAACCCCAGCAACCUCCUCAAGGAACUGAGACCGAAGACUUUGGUUUCUUUGUUUCAUUCUGGAGAAGAACAUCAAGAUAUUCCAGUGCCGACCCUCGAAAGCCGUUUCCGUCUCGCUUAUAACCUCCUUUUGGCGGUUUUGCACUUGAGGAGUCAGAACGUUGUUCAUGGAAAUAUCAACAGCAGCAAUAUUUUAGUCUUCCCAGGUUUGAACAACUCCGGUCAGGAUGAGAUUGGAAACCUUAUUGAAGAUUUGCGACGUCCCUAUCUCACUUCACUUGCUCAAUUUUCUGGCAACGAGCCUACUCCCGAACCUCUGUCUGCAAGCAUGUACCGUCAUCCCGACGAUAAGCGACUUCUUGAAGAUGAGGCUGCAUGGGCAUACGAUCUUUACUCUCUGGGUCUUGUUCUUCUGGAAAUCGGCUUGUGGGCACCUAUCAGCCGUCUCUGGAAAAUGAAGUACAAUAACGCCAUGUUCAAACAACGCAUUGAAAAUGUGUAUAUCAAAAAGUUGGCUUCGAAAUGUGGCAACGCCUACUUGCACAUCGUACAACUUUGCCUCGACGCUCCCAACUUCUUAAUGUCAACUGAGCCGAUGGCUGAUUUGGCAUUCAGAGUUCCUAGGGUUUUUACAUAUCCAACUCUGGAAUUUGCGGAGCCUGGUAGCCAAUUUGCUUUUUCUGCCAAUUUCAUUUUCACGAUGAGCAAGAUUCUUUCUAAGCUUUGUGCAAUUGAUAUUUAUUCCCCUCCUCCUUCCGCAGAUUUAGAUGACUGUCUGCCACUGGCUCUCGGUCGUGAUCUUGAGUCUGAGCCGGAAUCAAUCGAUAAUGCUGCUUCGACGAAUUUUUUCAAUCUGCCAAUGGAGCAUCACACGGUGCAUCAGCCUUUCCAGAGUGAAUUCCAGGACAAUAAAGCAGUCCACGAAGUAGCCGACUCCCCAACAGAAAAGAAAGUCAAGAAGCGAACAGUGAAGAAAUUGACAAAUGCCGAGAUUCCGCAGGAGCAUCUGAGUCAAUGGAACUUUUACACAAUGCCAAAACUCAGCAAACUUCUACAUAGGAUUCUCAAAGAUUCUUCCGAAUCUUGUACAGCCUCUUUGAUGAUGACCGGUGAAAGUGUGGAAACUGCCAAAACGACCAUCUGUGUGACGUGCUCGAAUGUCAAGAAAGUUCGAGCCAUUCUCAAAAAGUACUUUGAGGUCGAGCAAGACUGGGACUUGAUUGUUCUCCGCGGCGAUGUUAGCAGGUCCAAAGUGCCUAAACGACGACGACGCAAAGCGCAUGCUUCAAACUCGCCAGAGACCGAUGAAGCAGCUUUUGUGCAGCCAGACCUAAACCCGCACUAUCAACAGAAGCCUCUCUGUGGGGCGUCGAUUGGUGCUUUCAAGAAUCAAGAGCAUUUACCACCUGUUUCUUAUGGUGGUGCUAUUUUGAUUGAUGGCAUGCCGUACGGAAUGACAGUUCAUCAUAUGCUCGAAGCUCCUAGUGAAGAUGAGGAUGAUGAAGACGAUGACGAGGAAGAAGAAGCUGAGGAAAGCUUACCACGGUCCUCGGCCAACAGAGCGGGAAACAUGAACCUAACAUCCAACAUUGAUCUGACUUCUACAUUGAGUGACCGAGAUCCCGAAACCGACUACGAACUAGAAUUCACAGAUGACGACGACGAUGAUUCUGCCUCCCAGGAAGGCGGCGACUACUGGCUCUCGGACGAUGAAUCAUCAGAUGAAGAAGAAUUCUAUGAUCCGUACGAUGUGGACGAUUUAGCAUCAAUAGGAGAUACAGCUGGCGUGGAACCAGAUGACGAACCGCAAUUAUUAGUCACUCAACCUGCGCUUGAUGACGUGCAUGAAGACUUCUUCCCGUCUCCCGAAGAUAGAGAUGAUGAACAUCUUGCAUCGCAUAGACUGGGCUAUAUACAUGCAUCAUCUGGCCUGCGUCGGUGGACCAGGAAAGGCAUCAAACAUGAGAUUGACUGGGCAUUGAUUCAACUGAAUGACGGCCGCAUGGAUGUCAGGAACGUUAUCUCCAGACCGACAGCACCACCACAACAACAACCCCAUCGCCAAAACCUCCAACCUACACGAACAUCACCAAUCUACCUCACAAAAGUAGCCCGCGUCGAAGAACUAGGCGGUCUCAAAGUCCAAUGCUGCGGCCGAACAAGCGGCUACCAGCACGGUAAAAUAUCGCCUGCAAUGACUCUUGUAAAACUCCAUGGCCGCCAAUCAUUUUCAACCAGUUUCUCUAUUGAUGGGAAUUUUGGAGUGCCUGGCGAUUCCGGAGCAUGGGUCUUUGAAGCCUCCAGCGGCCGCGUAUGUGGUCAUGUCCUUGCGUACUCGGAGCGAAGUCGAACAGCAUACAUAGCGCCCAUGCAGGUUCUGCUUGAAGACAUUUCACGAACCCUCGGCGCCUGCACCGUCGAACUACCUGGUUCUCAAGGCGACGACCGUAUCUCAUCCGCAGCAAUGUCCCGAAUCUACGAGCAGCAGCAGCAACAGCAACAGCAACAACAACAAACCAGACGGGGAGGAUACAGGGAUAUCCCCUUCAUACCCGACCAUCAUCACCAGAUGAAUCUCCCCAUCGAACUAGGACGACUCGGUCUUACUAACCUAGAAGACCCAACUACAUCCGCGGCAAGUGUCCGGUCCUCGAUAAAUAGAGCGCGAAACCAUCAUUUAGGUGAAGGACCAGCUGUGUCGUAUCAUCGUGCUGGACCGCCGCCGGUUAUGACGAGGGCCGGGGGGAUGGAGAGGCAGCCUGCUUGA